ACCAGAUGUAGGUUGAAUUUGUUUCAUGUAUUGUAGCUAUUUGUGUGUUUGUAUGUGUAUGUAUUUGUAACCUAUGCAUGAGUGAAAGACGAGGGUGUAAGGGGGAGAGAGGGCCUAGUAGCAGGAGUAAUGCUGGCAUAACACACAUUUGCACAUCAAUCAACAUAUUCUAUUCACUUCGAAACAUCUAGCAAGCAAAACACGGCGCCUUGUUGAAACUACAAGAAGUCUCCAUCUAAAGUAACUUUUUUUACACACAAAAAAAACCCUGUUGUAUUUUUUUGCAUUUAAUACUAAACAUGGUGCGGUCUUCAAGAGUACAAAAAACUCAACCGAAAAAAACUAAAGCAGAAUCUCCAGCGCCGGAAGAAAAUGUCGACAAUGUGAAUGACAAAGUACUUGAUAUGGCAGAUAAAAUGAAGACAGACAACGAACCAGUUGAAAAGAAGAUGAAGGUGGCUAAUGACCAAGAGAAUGAAGCUGAUAAGUCAAAAGAAAGUAAAAAUAAACGCACCACCAACUGCCGCUACAAACGUCUUGGUAUCAGUGAUGACGAAGCUGAGAAAAUUUUGCAAUCAGAUGAAAAUGGAGGUCGAAGAACCCGCUCAAGAUCCCGUGUUCAGCCUCCUGAACAGAGCACUCGUAGCAGAAAAUUAGCGACCCCUGCAAAAGAAACAAAGCCUGCAGCUAAGCCAGGGCGGAAAGAGAAGAAAGCUGCCUCGGGAGGAGAUGCUGCACCUGCCGCUGCCAAUGAAGAAGUAAAGGCUGAUGGUAAGAAGGCUGAUGAAGUAAAAGCUGAGGAUGCAGAACCCGUUGAGAAGGAGGAGGCGGCUGCUGAAGAUGAGGUCAAGGAAGAAACUGCUGACGGUGAAGUGAAAGAAAACGAACAUGAGAAGGAAAACGAUGAUUCUAAAGCAGAAGAAGCUGAUGAAGAAGUGAAAGAAGAGGAGAAAGCUAAUGAAGAAAGUUCCAAGGAAGAAAAUGCUGGGACAGAAUAGAUAUUAUUUUUUCACUCAUUAACGUUCAUUACUUGAUAUAUCUCAACAUAGAUUUGUUCCAACAACUUCAUGACAACAUAAAUCAAAUCUUCUAUUCAUUUUUAUUAUUUUAAAUUUUUUCCUCUCCCCCACUUCCUGCAAUCAUUAUCAUUUGCAGUUUUAUUAAAAUACUAAAAUAAUUCAUACAAUAUUUAUGAUUCUUGUUGAUUUUGUUUGUUUUUUUUUUUUUUUUAAUAUUUUUACGUUUAAUUUCUAAUUUCAGUUUUGCAUUUGAAAUGGAUUAUUGUAUUUUUUUUCCUUUUUUUUAAAUCUAUUUUUUCUAUCGACAAUUUAUUUUCUGUUGGUUGUGGGGUGAAAACUUUUUUUGUUUUUUAAAAGUUCCUCUUGAAGAAUUUUGAUUGUCGGUAGUCAGACAACCAAGAUUUGUGUGUAUGUGGGGGGGGGGGGGUUACAUCUAAAAAGGAUUAGUAAGGUUUCUGUUAAGUGCAGUAGUUAGAUGAGUAACACUACUAGAGAUCAUUGUCUUUUGUGAAGUUCCAGGAAGAAAUAUGUGCAAAUGUUAGCUUCUUCUCCAUAUCCCCUCUCUUUUGAUUUCUUUAGGCCUACAAGAGGACUUGAACACUGCUUGCCAGUUUAUAGUCCUGCUGCUUACAUGAAAUGAACUGGCCGACCAUUGCAUAAUGUCUUGACUAUGGUCACACUUCAGUAGCAAUGACAAGACAUGAGAAAUUUCCAUGCUUUUAGCAAAGUUAUUUCUAAUAUCAUAAUGUGAAGUGGAAUUCUGAGAUUUCAGGGCAAUUCUGUAGUCCAGUAUUAAGCAGUAAGUAGCACAAUGAUAUUGCAAUAUUGCAGAACUAAUGAGAACUGACAUACUUUCACUUUCACUUGUUGGAAUGGCAUUGUGGAGUGUGAGAGAGAAAUGCACAUAUCAAGUCUGUUGAUAUUCCUAUCUUGUUGAUUGGAUUCCUCCAGUCAGACAUUAUAUCAUAUAGAGAGAGUUAUGAUAAAAAAGUGUUGAUUGAGUGCACAUCCUAGGCUUCAUGGCUAGAGAGGGAGUAAAUGACUGAGUAGUUAGAUAUGAAAGGAGUUAUAUGAAUAAGAAUUUGUUUUUUUAUUAUUUCAUUUUAAAGUAAAUAUUUUUCUUUUGAAAAUUAGUAUUCAUUUCAUCAUUUUGUAUAAGCACCAAGAAAUUGGAUAGAAGUUAGAUUAUAAUUAUUACAUGUGUGCCAUAUUUCCUGUCACAUUAAGAGUAACACUUUAGUUUGCAAUAAACCUGUGUGUGUGAAUAUAAUAUAUAUAUAUAUAUAUAUAUAUAUAUAUAUAUCUACACACAUGUUUAUUGCAAACUAAAGUGUUAUUCUUAAUGUGACAGGAAAUAUAUAUAAUAUAUACCUGUUUAUUGCAAAUGUUAAAAUUGAAGUUCAAAGUUUAAUCAAGAUAAAAUGCAAACAUUAGAAAAGUUAUAAGAUAACUGUGUGUGGCUGUGUGGUUUUUGAAAUGGCACAAUAGUCUAGGAAACAGUGACUACACCUGAAAGAAAUAUGGAGGCUAUGUGAGAGAAAUAUAUACCCUCCUCCAUCAUUUCUUAGCUUGGGUUAUGAAAUUCAGAACUGCUAAUUUCUCUACCCCCAGGAAAUUAUAGACAACUACGUCUUCACUGUGAGUCUAAAGUAAAGGCCUGACAGCGGAACCAGUGUUAUUUCAAGAAUGUUUCUUUGUCCAGGAGACCUCGGCAAACACUAGUGGAGGUCUAAUCAAUUGUAUAUUUUGUUUUCCUUUUAAAACAUUCACUAAAUUAUUCUCUUACUUUUGUACUCUGUCUCUCUCUCUCUCUCUCUCUUUAAAUUUCUUUAGAGCAUUUCUGAGAAUAAUUUUGUAUUAUAUGGUCAUUAAAACAAAUUAGCAUUGUAGUUGCAAAGUUAUCUUGUUGAUGAUAUUGACAAAUUCCAUAGUAGGAUGUGUGUGUGUGUGUUAAUUUUCUUUUAUUUCCUUUUUAACAUUUUUUGUAUCUCUUUUAGUUCUCAUUUAUUCUCAAACAUGUUUUAAAUUAUAUAAAUUUUAAUUUUUUUUUUUUGUAUGAUAAUAUCUCAAACCAUCCUAAAUGUAUACAAAACCAUUUUACGUCAUUAAGUUCUAUUUAACCGAAAAGAAAAAAAAUGCUCCCAAAAUCUUGGACUACUAAUAUUACUUCUUCUACUAUAAAUAAUAGUAAUAAUAAUUAAUUAUCAAAAAGGCAGCACUCAUUCGAAGUUGCAUUUCUUCAAAAUUUAACAUUAUCUUUUUUUGUUUUCAAAAAAAAAAAAAAAAGGAGUAUUUUAUUUGUCAAAGAGCUCAGUAAGUUGACAGAUGUGGUUUUUAGUUUCAUCCCUUCUACAUUCUGAUUUUAAAUCCCGCCAGAACCAACUUUGCCUUUCAGCCCUCCUGGGGAGGUUGAUAAAAUAAGUACCAGUCAUAUGUACUGGGGGUGUGGGUUCAAUCAACUGUGUACCCGUCCCUUGCAACAAUUGGCCCUGUUGCCAAAGUAAAAAAAAAUAAAAUUCAUUGUGUCAAAUUCUGUACCAUCUGUCUGAUUCAAUAUGAAAAAUUAUAAAUUCUUGGCAUAUAUUCUGUAAGUCAUUAAUUACAUAAAUGUUGGGAUGUUUUAGAAUGUCACAUAUUUUAUUUUGACUUCAUUAUCUGAUUGAUUAUUGAUCAAAUUAUAACUUUUGUGACGAGUACUUAUGUAUAAAGAUUAUAAAUGAUUUAAUUACUAAAUAUGAAUUACAAAAAAUAAUAAAAACAACAAAAAUUUGGAUAAAUAUUUCCAAAGAGAAUAUAUGUCAGGGUUACCAUCUGAAAAAAAAUAUUGUUUUGGGGAAACACUGGUUUGUAAAGUGGAAAAAGAAAUUGGAAAAUUAGAAUUAAAUUGAUUUAAAAUUUAAAAACUAUGUUUUAGAUCUGCCAUCUUUAGCAGAAAAAUCCAUCAUCUUUUGUAUAAAACCAUUUAUUUCUAAAAUCUUUUGUAAAAAACAAAAAACGUGAACGGUUAUUUCUGCUAUGCUUGGUUAAAAAUAAAAAAAACAUCAAAAUCUGCUGUCUUUGAUAGAAAAAUAACCAAGUUAUUUCUACCACGUUUGGUAAAUAUGAAGAAGAAAUCCCAUUAGAAGCUCAUCUAUUGAUAGAAAAUCAUUUAUUGAUAACCAUUUUUCAUAGUAAAAUCAUGUAUUUCUACUGUCUUUGGUAUGAAAAGCAACAAACUAUUUCUAUUAGCUUUGGUAAUGUAACAUCAUUUCUACCAUCUUUUCAAUGGUGGUGGGUGGAUAAAAACAUCUUUGUCUCACAAUUUUUGGUAGAAAACCUCUUUCUAUCGUAUUGGAAGUAAAAAUAAAAUUCAUCAGUUAUAA